GUACUCCAGGUUUGACGAUUUGGCCCCUCCUUUACAUGAAUGAAUGAAUGAAUGGAAUUUUCCAUUAUCUCGCGUUCAGCAAGUUACACGACUACGAGACUGACGAUAGCACAAGAACGAAAGAUCUCAUCUCACAUUUAUUUUAGAAAUCUACUCAGCUGCUCAUCAGCACUUGAUCUACUGACCACUACAAUCUUCUUACAACUAGCUAAGAUCUCACAGCUCCGUUCUACAUCUGCUACCUAUCUGAAAUAUACCAUGGCCAAGCAGCAGAUCAGCCUUACCGCUAAACUGAUUAAUGGUGGUAUUGCUGGCAUUGUGGGGGUUACCUGUGUGUUUCCCAUCGACCUGGUAAAGACCAGGCUACAGAAUCAGAGGCAAGGCCAACAGAUCUACAAAAACAUGAUGGACUGCCUUGUCAAAACCGUUAGAUCAGAAGGAUACUUUGGCAUGUAUAGAGGUGCUGCUGUGAAUCUGACCCUGGUCACUCCUGAGAAGGCCAUCAAACUAGCCGCAAAUGACUUCUUCCGGCAGUAUCUUAGCAAAAAUGAGAAGGGCUUGACAGUGUUUAAGGAGAUGUUGGCAGGUUGUGGUGCAGGCAUGUGCCAGGUUGUCAUUACUACUCCUAUGGAAAUGCUCAAGAUUCAACUUCAGGAUGCUGGAAGGCUAGCAGCUCAGCAGAGAAAGCCAGCCUCGAUGUCACCCACUAAGCUGGCUGCCACCAGGGUGCUGAGCAGGUCCUACAACGCGGGGCCCAGCACUGCAGCCAGUGCGUUGUCUGCUACCCAGAUCGCCCGGGAACUUCUCCGCACACAAGGCAUCCAGGGCCUCUACAAAGGCCUCUGGGCCACCCUCAUGAGAGAUGUUCCCUUCUCCAUGGUCUACUUCCCACUAUUUGCCCACCUCAACCGGCUGGGCCAGCCCUCUCGAGAUGAAUCGGCACCCUUCUACUGGGCUUUCUUCUCUGGCUGUCUGGCUGGCUCUACCGCAGCUGUGGCAGUCAAUCCUUGUGAUGUUGUGAAAACGAGAUUGCAAUCUCUUAACAAAGGCGCCAGUGAGGAGAGCUACAACGGUGUGGUUGACUGUGUCAGUAAGAUCAUGCGUAAGGAGGGUCCCUCUGCCUUCCUGAAGGGAGCAGGUUGCAGGGCGCUGGUCAUCGCUCCUCUCUUCGGCAUCGCACAGGUCAUGUACUUUAUUGGCAUCGGAGAGUUCAUCCUGGACCUGUCCCCUUUCAACUAACUACCUGUCUGCAUGAGAUGAGCAACCCUGCCUGGCUGUGCAUGGGACUCUCACACGUCGGAUGAAAAGUAUCUCAGCAAAAGAUUGGCAGCUAUACACCGUCAGUAUAUAUUACAGAAAAUAAACCCAUGUUAGACUGUUGAGGUGUCAGAGCUUUGGAGCCUGGAAAAGACCGGAAAACCUCCUGUAUGGUCUAAUGGCUGUACUGCACUUCCUCUAAAUGUUUUCCUGGCUUAUUUAAUGGGCUGUGACCAAUGUUUUCGCCAGUUUGCUGAACUGGGGACCGAGAACUGCAGCAGUGGCUCUGCCUGGGGAGUCCCUCUGGUUCCUCUUUCUCUGUGAGGGACAGGAGGUUCAACACAACCACUUCAACACAACCAAUGACUGAAGGCCAUUUCACACCUAUUUCUUUUAGUAAUUCAUUGGUUGUCUGAAAUUUUUGGGGGGAUAAUUUAAGAUUCCACUUUUGUACUGGUGCUUGAAUGCAAUAGUGUGGAGUAAAGAGAUUUUGUGUGGGUAUUUCAAAGCCUCAAUCAUGUACUGUAUUUGCAAUCAUGUGACUUCAAGCCUUCUAGUAAUCCGAUUUACAUGUCUGAAUUGUUAAAUUCACUGUGGUCAACUGAGGAGGCCAGAAAUCUCUCUAAAUAUUCUAGAAGUAGCUUUUUAACUUUUUUUUAUUUAAAGAAACACAUUUUUUUUACUGGCACCAUUUCACCAAGGUUUAGUUUGAGAUUGAUGGACCAAGCACUUAAUGGCUAUUCCACAGCAACACCUCAUGGUUUGUUGCCAGACAGAUGACCCCAUCAUGGUUUAAUGAAUUGUCAGCACUGUUAAUAUUUUUUUUGAAUUGUUUUUAUAUUCUAAAUACUUGUGAGAUUAAUUCAUAUAAUGUAGUAUAUACAUUAGAGUUGUGGAGUGUUCUGUUAUUGUCCAUGUUACUUCAGGGAUAUAUAUAUAUAUAUAUAUAUGUGAAGACUUAGAUUAGUUAAUGGUCAUUAUUUAGGUGGGUUUUUUUAAAAUUAAUAACAUGCCCCUAAAUUCCAUGCAAAUAGUUUUGUAUUUUCCUUAUGAGUGGAUUGGUAUUUCUCCCCACUGUAAGGAAGCAAUACUUUAUCCAGACUGACUGAGCCUGCCAAGUGGCAUCACUGAUUCUAUCUGCACCCAGGUAAUCUAACACAGGAAAUGACUGUUACAUUGGUUUGUAUGGUGUAUUUCUAGUUUUGUUUUCAGUAUAUGUUUACCAAAUAAACAUCUAACAUCUGUCUGCUCUUAA